GUUGGGCCCGCGCUCUCGUUAGCUUCGUAUUUACGUUUGCUUUACCUUCGGGGCAGUAACGGGACGGCCAUGCCUGGUGCAAGAUGGUAUACCACGGGGAUCCUGAGGGUUAAUGUGGGCAUUUGGCUGAACAACGGUAUUUCUAAGGCGCAUUGGUGGAAGACAUAAGUUUCAGACAACUCCAGAGUAGGAAACUGUAGUUUCAUUAUCGAUACCACCACCGACUACAUCCACGAUGCCCUCAUAUGUAGUCACCGGUGUGUCCAGAGGGCUGGGCUGGGAGUUUCUCCGUCAGCUCUCCAGCAUUCCAGAGAAUACAGUCAUCGGGAUUGUCCGCAACAAGCAGGCCACCGAAAGGAGGGUUGCCCAGGAUCUCCCUGGGCGUUCAAACAUCACCAUCUUGGAGGCUGACGUAACAAGCUAUGACGACCUCAAGAAAGCCGCGGCCGAAACGGCUGUGGUCACCGGAGGAGCGCUUGACUACCUCAUUGCGAAUGCGGCCUACAUCACCAGCUUCGAUGCGUAUGACGGUAUUGGAUCAUUGUGCGACAAGCCAGAAGAGCUCUCGGAUGAGUUUCGCAGGAUGAUGGACACGAACGUCCUCGGCAACAUCCACCUCUACGGCCUCUUCAUGCCCCUGAUUCUGAAGGGCGAGCCCCGAAAGGUGGUGGUGGUAACGAGUGGCUUGGGCGACAUCGACUGGACGAACGCGUAUGAACUCGAGCUCAACUCGCUCUACUCCAUCAGCAAGGCGGCCAUGAAUAUGGUGACUGCCAAGUUCAACGCCCAGUACAAGAAAGACGGCGUGUUAUUUGUCAGCAUCUGCCCGGGCCUGGCUGACGUGGAUCACCAGCAGGAACCGCCAAACGAGGCACAACAAGCAAACGUCCAGCGGAUGUUCGCCGCAAUCGCCAAGUAUGCCCCCAACUUCAAAGGCCCGGAUACGGCGGCAUUCUCCGUGAAGGCUAUCAUGGACGUGGUGGACGACUGCAGCAUAGAAAAGGGGGAUGGUGGGCAAUUCUGGUCUCAUUUCAAGAACAAGCAGUGGCUGUGAGACACGUGCGCGGAGGUGGAAAUGCAGGAAGGGGAUGCCAUUCUGUUGUCUAGUUCGAUUAAUCAUGCAAGGCAAUCUGAACAACGCCGAUUUUCGCA